AUGCUCUCUUACGCAAUCCUCCCUCUGGCGAUGAGCGCUGUCUCUUUCGCCGCCUCGCUCCCUCACGGCCUCGCCUCGGUGGUGGCGCCUUCGAUACCGCCCCAACUUCACUGUUGCGGCUUUCGAUCCUCGGGCUCUGACGACAACACAACCGGUGUGCCUGUCGUGCUCACGGAGACGGGCACUGAAGGUAGUGCUACCCACAUGGUGUUUGCGACCAAUGCAUCGCAACCCGACAACACCUGGGGGUCUUUCUCCCUCAGCACAGGCUCUUUGCUGCCCAUUCCGGCCUCCACCGAUACGAACGCCACCGACCUGAGCGUCAGCUCCGGUGACGCCCCCACUUUCGCGGUCAGCAGCGACGGAGACCUGCCGUCUGCGGUCCAGGCGUACUGCGCUGUGGCCAACACGGACCCGAACAUGGGAACCCUCCACAGCGGGGACUCGAGUGGCCAGGAUAUCGUUGUCUACGAGGCUUCGGAGGACAGCGCGGACUAUGAUUCGGCUCUUGCGCCCCUGUCCAGCUGCGCCUCGUUGGCCUCAAUUGAGAUGCGGAAGAGAGUUCUAUACCCUCGGACACCGACCUCUUAG